AUUUUCACCAGUGACUCAUCUUCCUGUCAUAUAUUCUUAGACUACAAUGACUUAAGAAUCUUUAAGUCACUGUUAGUAGUUUUUCCUACUGCACAUAUUAGGAGGAGAAAACGGUGUUCAGACUCAAGCCUGUUUCCAUCUCAUUCUGUUAUUCUUGUGGUACAUAGAAAACUUUGUUUCUUCCUGAAAAUGGCAUUUUGGUGAUUCAUUAUUUUCUGUGGGAUGAAGCUUAUGGCCUGCAUUUUUUUUUUUUUUCCUUUCUCCCUUCCAGAAGGAACCUGGAAGAGUUACAAGCAAAACAUCAGUUCUCUAAGAAAUUUUUGGGUAACAGAAAUUCUGGAUAACAGAACAAAUCAAUUCAAUCACCAUGAGCUGGAGCUUCCUGACCCGUCUGCUAGAGGAGAUCCACAACCACUCCACCUUUGUGGGGAAGAUCUGGCUCACCAUUUUGAUUGUCUUCCGGAUUGUCCUCACAGCAGUAGGAGGAGAGUCCAUCUAUUAUGACGAGCAAAGCAAAUUCGUAUGCAACACAGAGCAGCCAGGCUGUGAGAAUGUCUGCUACGAUGCCUUUGCACCCCUCUCCCAUGUGCGCUUCUGGGUGUUCCAGAUCAUCCUGGUGGCAACCCCGUCGGUGAUGUACUUGGGCUACGCCAUUCAUAAGAUUGCCAAAAUGGAGCACGGUGCAGCAGACAAGAAGGCAGCUCGGAGCAGACCCUAUGCCAUGCGUUGGAAACAGCACCGGGCUCUGGAAGAAACAGAAGAGGACCAUGAAGAGGACCCCAUGAUGUACCCAGAAAUGGAAUUAGAAAGUGAAAAAGAAAAUAAAGAGCACAGCCAGCCUAAACCCAAGCAUGAUGGCCGACGGCAGAUUCGGGAGGAUGGACUCAUGAAAAUCUAUGUGCUGCAGUUGCUAGCAAGGACGGUGUUUGAGGUGGGUUUUCUGAUAGGGCAGUAUUUUCUGUAUGGCUUCCAAGUCCACCCAUUUUAUGUGUGUAGCAGACUUCCGUGCCCACAUAAGAUAGACUGCUUUAUUUCUAGACCUACUGAGAAGACCAUCUUCCUUCUGAUAAUGUAUGGUGUUACAGGCCUUUGCCUAUUGCUUAACAUUUGGGAGAUGCUUCAUUUAGGGUUUGGGACUAUUCGAGACUCACUAAACAGUAAAAGGAGGGAACUGGAAGAUCCGGGUGCUUAUAAUUAUCCUUUCACUUGGAAUACACCAUCUGCUCCCCCUGGCUAUAACAUUGUUGUCAAACCAGAUCAAAUGCAGUACACCGAACUGUCCAAUGCUAAGAUUGCCUACAAGCAAAACAAGGCGAACAUUGCCCAGGAACAGCAGUAUGGCAGCCAUGAGGAAAACCUCCCAGCUGACCUGGAGACUCUUCAACGAGAGAUCAGAAUGGCUCAGGAACGCUUGGAUCUAGCAAUCCAAGCCUAUGCUCACCAAAACAAUCCCCACGGUCCCCGGGAAAAAAGAGCCAAAGUGGGGUCCAACAAAAGCAGUGCCAGUAGCAAAUCAGGGGAUGUGAAGACCUCCGUCUGGAUUUAAUCUUGGCUGGACUUAAAUUUGUGCUUUUCAUAGUUUCUGGGAAGGUUUCACGUACGUAAGGAGACAGAGAAGGAGUCGUCAGCCUUCAGCCUUGGAAUGAAAGCCCACCUUAGAAUGAGGCUGAGAUUCUCUUUUACCUGAGAAAUCUUUGAAUCUAGUUCAUGUGCUCAGAGUUUGUAUCCAGUCUCGAAAACCUAUUUAUAUUUUCAGAAGAGAUAAAUGAUUCACUGCAGGAUUCCUUUACAUGUCAAGCAUUGCCAAUAUAUGUUUUGAUGGUGUGUACGUAAUUUAUGUUGCUUCAAAAAAUUGACACACAAAGGAGCCUCCCAAUCUGAUAGCAGCGUAAGAACCUCACUAGAGUUGGUGCUGAACUUUAUCAGAAACCAAAGCCAAGCCUGGAAAUGAGCCCUGAUAGGACGCUUAGAGAUAACUGUGGACCCGUUGGAUUUGCCUUAAGUCUCUUAUCCAGAAAUCUGCUUCUGGUUUGUUAGGAUGCCUACGAUGGAUAUUUUCUUUUUAUAUGUUAACAUUAAAAAUACAAAAAUUUUCUUGUAGGCUAAGAAUACUCAAAGCUACUUGUACUGCAAGUGGCAGAAGGCCUAAAUUCAAAUUCCUUAUUUUUUAUAAUUUACCGUGGAACUUUUAGUGUGCCAGUGUGGGUUUCUGCCUGGGAGGCCAGUCUGAUCUGGGAUCCUGCCCGUAAAUAGACCUGAGGAGGAUUUUUGUAUUUAUUCCCUGUGGACAUAUCUACUUGUCAGUGACAAACAUGAAUAUUCACAUGACACUCAUAAGUUACAGUAUUUAAUUACCAUUUUCAACCUCACAGUACUAUGUUGGAAAGCUUUGCUCUCCAGUCAUGCUCACGUUGUCUUAUAAUUUGUGAGCUUCUGGGUAAUAGCUUGGUAAGAGUUUAAACGGGGCCUUUGUGCUACCAGGGAUCAUUUUGAGUGUCUCACUCUUAUUCAACAGAAGAUUAUUGCAAACCACUUCUAUCUUUGAAAUUCUAAAACUAUUUUUUUAUGUCUUAAUUUUAAAAUAUCAGUUCUUCAUUAUUCAGGAUAAUCCUAGCACAGAAUCUUUUGUGUGGUUUUAUUUUUUCUUUUGAUUUGUUUUUGUUUCUCCAUUGCAUCUCGCUGCCUCGCCAAUGGUGGAGACACUAAGCUUAUCUUCCAUCCAUUUAUUUACCUUUAUUUUCCUUUUCUUUAAAUUUUUGUUUAGAGAGAGGCUCCUCAGGAUCUAUAAACAUCUUAAGUAAAAUUAAACUCAGGUGAGACUGAAGGGAAAACUUUAGAUGACAUACGUAUCAUGGGUUAGCUAAUAGACAUGCACAGUUCCCCUCAAACCAGAUGUUUAAUAAGGAAAUUUCUAUAAUAAUUCUAAGAAAACAGGCAAGAUCUUAAGCACGUAAGCCUAGCCCAGAUAAAGAACUACCAAUUAAUUCAUAUAUCUCUAGAGCUUCAAGCAAAUGUCUUAAUUGAAAGACAAAAGAUAACACAUACACUUGGGUCCCACUUUUCAGAGCCUGAAGGAGAACAGAGUGGCUUCGCCAGCAGAAAGGUUGGGAAUUUGAAAGUGAUGGAGAGGAGAAGAGUCAGGCAGAAAUGCUAGGGAGACCCAGGCAAAGACAUUUGGUGCCAGAAGCAUUCCCUUAGUUUCUACACAGGGCCCCUGGUGUUCCAUCAUGGCCUGUUCCGAUGAGAAUUUUCUCUUUUGUGUCUGGAAAAUUCUUCAACUUCUUAAAAUGUAAAGAAAAAUAUUCUGAGUCACCUUGCCGUGUGCAUAUUCAUAGUUCUUUUUUUUUCCCCCUUCUAUUUUUUACCCUCUUGCUUAAGUUUUAAUUAUGACAUGGAUUUCCCAACUCUCACUGCCUGCUUAGUACUUUUCUUUCAGCCUUUGAACAUAUGCGUUUGCCAAAGCCGUUUUCCUCUAAUGACAUACCAUGGACCUACAUUAAGAAAAUGGCCUUGUCAGUGUCUAGCAUAAACAUUAAACAGUGAAUCUGUAAAAAUGUUGUUCAGGUAUGGUUCUGAAACUUGCGGGUAUUUGUACAAAAAUCUGUUGGCAGGUGUUUUUUUUCCCCAAUCAGAAUCACUUACAUUGUUUUGAAUUGCCAUGUAAGACAUGUACUGUCAUAUGGCAUUUGCUUCUCCUCUUAAUAGAAGUUGAGUGCUUAGUCCUUCACAUGCCAGAAUCAGGAUAUGAUCAACAGCAUGUGUGUGUUCCUUAACAUGCUGUUGGAUUUAUUCUAAUGCAGAGUGUCCUUUGCUCUUCUUUAUUAAAAUCCGUUAUUCAGAAGACAUUUGUAAAAGGAACAGGUGUUUUUUUCCUUCAAAUUUGAGGGGAAAAUUAGGUAACAUUUUCCCCUAAUAUUAAUGUUUGUUUUGUGGCUUUGUCUUUGCAUAUGACUUAGUUUCAUCUGUUUCUGUUUUUGUUCAUUUUAAAGAGUCAGCUGUGUUGAGGAUUUCCUUGACUAAUGAUUAUAGAAUUCCUUACUCUAGAUAAAAGUGAACUUUACCGCCAGAAAAUGGUUCUCACAAUUUAGGAAUCAUCCCACAUGUGUUUUUUAGAGGGGCACUUAUAUCUUUAAAGGGAAAAAAUCAGCAUUAGGUACCUCUGCUCUCAUUUCUUUAUGGCAUGAAAUUAGGCAGAUCACCUUUUUCAAGUUUCAGAAGCCACUUAGCUCUGAGGUGUUAUGAAGCAGUUAGAGAGAGCAUCUGGUAAAAGGUGAUAAAAGACUACCUGUUAUUAUUGGUCAUUUGUCUGAAAUUGGAGCUUCAAAAUACUAGGUGAAAGAACUGUGUGAUGGUAGUGAGAUGUCCUUCAGUGCUUAGAACACUUGUUUAGAAUACUUACUCUAAGGGGUCUAUAGCAAGAAUGAACUUAAAUGUUAUUCCUAUUAGUCAUACCUAUGAUUUAAACCCAUUAAGCUUCUAAGUGCCCAUGCCUUUAUGCUUUUUGUCUCAUUUAAGAGACAAGCUGCUUCUAAAAAUAGCAUCUAUAGUUUAUGAGAAAAUUUUGGCCUGCCAGGCUUCAAUAAAAGGCAUGUAUGUUAUACUUGAAUCUACUUCAAGAAAUGUCUAUUUGUAGAUGAAAGGGUUUACCUGGCCGUGGAGAAAAGGACCUGAAGUCAAAGAUACACAGGUGCUGGUCAUUUUGAUUGAAAGCUUCCAGAUACUAGAUCAAAUAGGCAUUUAAGUGAAACCUACCUAAAGCUGUUUUAUGUUUUUGGAGAUUAGGAAUUUGCGAAGGGAAUCUUGAUUCUUCUGAGAUCCUAAAGAAGUAUGUGGCGUCUUUUAUCAUCUUAAAAUCAUGAAAUCCCAUGAAGAGUCUUACCAUCUGAAAGUAGCAAAGCCUCUGUCGUAGACUUACUAUAACUGGGCCUACAAAGUACAGUGUGUGGAAAUAAAAUUUCAACUCACCUAUGUAUCAUAAAGAGAGUCCUGGUGGUGCAGUGGUUAGAACCCAUCAGCGGCUUUUUGGGAGAAAGACGUGGCAAUCUGCUUCCUAAAGAUUUAUAGCCUCUGAAGCCCUAUGGGGCAGUUCCACUCUGUCCUGUAGGUUCUCUAUGAGUUGGAAUCAACUCGACAGCAGUGAGUUUGGUUUUAUGUAUCAUAAAUCUUUAAUAAUUCACAAUCACCAUCAAAUGUUCAAAUCAUUAGGUUGAAUCACAUGCCUGUCACUCAUUCGGGCCAUACAUUAUGGAGAACUUAAAAAAUUUUAUUUGCUGUUGUCCCUAACGUAGUUGUUUUGUUGUUGUUUUUAAUGAUGUUAACUGGCUUGAGUUCGUGCACAUUCUCCCUUAAUAUUCCUAUUUUUUAAAGACGCAAUCUAUAGUAUUCCAAAAUUCAGGAGCCCAAAUAAAGAGUUUUACUCCAGUGUAAAACUACUCCAGAAAUAAAAAGGAAUUCUGCGUUUCGGGGUCUAGUGGUUUUUUGGCUGUAUGCUUCCAGGGUUGAAGAUGUUUUUGUCAUUGUGCUCUCAGUUGUGUUUUCUUUAAUAAACUUAUGGAACCCUCUACCUCAGGCACUAAGUGUUAAAUAAGAUUUGCAUAUUAAUUCUGAAAAACUUAGCUAGGACUUCCAACUCUUUAAAAUAAUUUAAAUGUAAAGACAUUAGCUUUUUUAUUCAGUCAUCUAAUGUCAUGUGUUUAGAGUUCAGAUAUUGUGUGAACAGCUAAAGAAUUAUCUGUUCUAGUGCCAAAGAUCACUUGUUGCUGAUUCUGUUGUGUAGAGUUAAUGUGAAACUUCAUGGUGGAGACAGACUCUGUGCUCAGGGCCUUGUCUCUGGGGAGAUUUUGUCAGUUCCAAAUGUUUUAAGUUCCAAAUAGAGUUUAGAAGAUUCAUUUGUGGUCUGUGCGUCUUUUCCCCAAACUUGAAACCCAUGGAAAACCCAGCUGCCAGGAAAUGUCGUAUUGAGGAUUUUUACCCUGUUCUUUCUAUACAGUAGAGCUUAGGGUUUACACAAAGAACCUGGUACCAAAACCUGUUCGCAUAUAUUCAGCUGUAAGUUGAUCUCAGUGGGAAUGAAUGAGCAGAAAAAUUUUCCAAAUA